UUAAUCAAUGCAUGAAGGUCAAUGAACCCAUUGAAAAUCCAACUUGUUACGCCAAUGGUUCUGACCAAGACCAAACCAACUGUUAUGUAGUUCAAUACCAUAAAACCUAAAUUAGGUAUUGUAAGUAAUCGUCCAAUAGAAAAAUGCUUAUAAUGCUAAUCUUGGUGAACGUGAACAGCAAUUAUUUUCAACAUGUAUCAGAGACUGUUUGCGUAUCUAGUUUUUGUGGGGUGUUGCUAUGCUUUGCACUUACCAUUACCUCCGGAUGAAUUGAAUAUCUACUUCAACGAAAGACGUGAGCUACUGAAGAAAUCUCUGGAUGAUAGCCUAGGAGGGCACCUUGUUCUGAACAAUGAAGAACGAGUGGUGAACGAAAUUUUAGAAAGAUGGAGAAACGAAGAAUUUGACAAGGGUGUGAAGAACCCUAGUGAAUUUUGGGCCAGUCAACAUUUUUUCAACGCCAAGCCCCACAUUGAGAAAUCAAAAGUAUUCCGCAUUAUACAGAAGUUUCCUAAAGGAGCUUCUCUACAUUCGCAUGAAACAGCAUUAGUGUCGGCUGAUUAUAUAUAUUACAAUAUUACAUUUCGAGAAAAUAUUUAUGCAAUGGAGAGUGAAUCUGGUGCAAUAACUCUUAAAUUUUUCAAACAACAUCCUGGUGCCCCGUGGAGCCCCAUUGCCCAUCUAAGGCAAAUCGACAGAACUUUUGGCCACAGACUCAAAGAGCAGAUGACUUUGAUGAGAAAUAACACAGCGCUUCUUCAUUCUGAUGUGAACACUAUCUGGAAAGAGUUCCAGCAUAUCUUCGAUACAAUGAAGUCCUUGUUAACUUACAAGCCGGUUUUUAAGGAUUAUUUCUACCAGGCUCUCAGAGAGCAAUACGAGGAUAACAUAAAGUAUAUAGAGUUUCGAAGCACAUUACCUCUGCUUUAUGAUCUAUAUGGAACAGUGUAUGAUCAGGAAGAAACCGUCAGAGUUUACGUGGAAACUACUAAGGAAUUCAUGGAUGAUUAUCCAGAUUUUUGGGGUGCCAAAUUAAUUUUUGCUCCUAGUCGGUUUACAAAUAACUCAGUUGUGGAACAUUACGCGCACGUUUUAUCUCGACUAGAUGAGGAGUUUCCGAAUUUUAUUGCCGGUUUUGAUUUAGUAGGCCAAGAAGACCCAGGUCCUCCAUUAAAAGAUUUCAUCCCCAGUCUUCUGAAAAUGACAAAACAGUCCAGAUUGUUCCUGCAUGCUGGUGAGACCUUAUCGAAUGGUGCCAAAACAGACGAAAAUCUUAUCGAUGCGGUUCUGUUAAACGCUACUCGAAUAGGGCACGCGUAUGCCAUUUUAAAGCAUCCUGAGGUCAUGAAAAAAGUCAAAGAACAAAACAUCGGCCUGGAAAUAUGCCCCAUUUCAAAUCAGGUAUUGGGCCUGGUCUCUGAUCUUAGAAACCACCCAGCUAAUCAUCUUAUAGCCAAUAAUUAUCCGGUGAUUAUCACAUCUGAUGAUCCAAGUCUAUGGGGUGCCAAAGGUCUGAGCUAUGAUUGGUACGUGGCGUUCAUGGCAAUGUCGAGUCGACAUAGCGAUAUCCGAUUACUAAAACAACUGGCAUACAAUUCGAUACUCUACAGCAGCAUGGACUUGUAUGCAAAAGAGGUGGCGUUGAAGAGAUGGGAAAAUGACUGGCGAACAUUUUUAAUUCAAGUCCGCAAAGACGAGAUUCUUUGAUUUUCCUGUGUUGUGUUUUCUGUUUGGCUGUGACAGUUAAUGAUCCCAAUUGUAUAUAUAUAACUAAUUUUGCUCAAAUCAGCUACAGCCAAAUUGUAUGAUCUCAGACGAGAUGGUAAGAUAACCAAUCAAGUGAAAUUGGUGAUCUCAUCGAAUAAGUCAUGCCAAUAUUCUAUGAAUUAGUUAACCUGUAUUUAUUGUCCCGCGUGUAAAUAAAAUUUGAAAACCACAAGCGUCUCGUUUUGAAAUACCAUGGGUUACAAAUUAAUUUACCGCCAUACAAACACGUAUAUGCAAUCAAUAAUAUUCACACAUGUGAACGACGAUAUUUCAAUUAACUUGGAUAAAGAUUCAGUAAGUAUUUGUUCAAAGUGAAUAGUGAAGAAAAGUAUUUUUCUAAAAGCUUAGCUUUCGCAAAUGCUAAAGGAGCAUUCUAAUGUUCCAGAGCACUAAACUGUUCUUUUUGGAUAAAUUACGUUGUUUUUGCUACAUCCCUUAAUUUCUAAAGUUCUUACAGCUUUUUCCAUUAAUAUUGAAACAAAUUAUUCCAGUGUUUGCUUUUGGGCGCCACAAUUUUAUAGUUUGCAAGUACCUUUAUAGUGGCCAGUUUGCAAAUCUUAAAAAUGCGGAUUUUUUUGACGAUUUGGAACUUGUUCCAUUGCAG